AUGGAGCUCAGCACAGUCCUGUCUCUUGUUCUGGUCCUGUUGGGCUACCUAUGGUGGAAGGUGACCCGCCCAAAGUCCUUUCCUCCAGGUCCCCUGGCUCUGCCCAUCGUAGGGAACUUAUUACAGAUAGACUUCAGCAAUCCCCUUCAGGGUCUGAAGGAGUUCUCCAGGGUGUACGGCCCUGUGUACAGCAUAUAUCUGGGAUCCAUGCCGGCUGUGGUGAUCCAAGGAUUCAAAGCUCUCAAAGAGAUCCUUAUGACCAGAGGUGUGGAAUUUGCAGACAGACCACAGAGCAGAAUUAUACGCCUAAUCUCUAACGAAAAAGGUUUGGUGGUGGCUCCUUAUGGCCAGGCGUGGAAGGAGCACAGACGGUUCACUCUGUCUACACUGCGGAAUUUUGGUCUGGGCAAAAAUUCCAUGGAGGAGCGGAUUUCCGAGGAGAGCUCCUAUUUAAUACAAGAAUUUGAAAAGAACAAAGAUACACUUAUAGAUCCACAUUUUGCCAUCGAUAAUGCUGUGUCCAACAUUAUCUGUUCCAUUGUGUUUGGGAGACGCUAUGAUUAUGAUGACCCCACUUUCCGAGAUGUUCUUAACCUUGUCCAUGAAAAUAUGAGGAUGGUCACUGGUAUUUGGGCUCAGCUGUAUAAUGCCUUUGGAUUCAUCCACUAUCUCCCUCUGCCACACCGGAAGAUUUUCAGAAAUGUGGAUAUAGUUUUUGGAUUCCUUGGGAAUGUGUUAGAGGAGCACAGAAAAUCAAGACAGCCAGGAGAACCUCGAGACUACAUCGACUGUUAUUUGGAUGAGCUAGACAAGGAAGAACAGCAUAAUGGUAAAAAAACCUUUGACAUUCGGAACCUGUUUACUUGCAUGGCAGAUCUGUUUGUGGCUGGAACUGAGACUACAUCUGCUAGCCUAGAGUGGUGUCUGCUUUACAUGAUGGCGUUUCCAGAUGUACAAGAGAAAUGUCGAAAUGAAAUAGACAAAGUUCAGGGAGACCGAGAGCGGCUUAAUUAUGAGGAUCGAGUGAGCAUGCCGUACACGCAGGCUGUUCUACAAGAGGUACAGCGAUUUGCAAGUGUUGUGCCUCUAGGAGUAUCUCAUGCGCCACUAGAGGAUGAACAACUAAAUGGUUUUACCAUACCAAAGGGAACAAUAAUUAUCACAGAUCUGUCAUCUCUUAAUUAUGAUGAGACUUAUUGGAAAUAUCCACAUGAGUUUAAUCCAGAGAACUUCCUGAACAAUGAUGGGGAAUUGAUCAAAGCAGAAGCCUUCUUACCCUUCUCUGCAGGACCGCGGGUCUGUCUUGGAGAAAAUCUCGCUCGUAUGGAAAUAUUCCUCUUUUUUACCACUCUGCUGACGCACUUUGAAUUCCAGUGGCCGGAUCCAGCAUCAACUCCAGACCUCACACCAGUGUUUGGUGUCUCCCAGGCCCCAAAACGUUUUCAAAUUCGUCUGGUAUCGAGGAAAUAAAUGUAAUCUCCGGAAGAUAAAUUACAAUAUACGUUUUAACAGAGCAACAAAUGCUCAACUAUUACAGGAACUUACACAACAUAUCCAAUCAUUGUUAAAGGCAUUUAGCUUCUAUUAUGAAAGGAGAUUUG